AUGGCAGCUACACAUGAUGCCGAUUCCAAGAAAGGCGGCCCGCUCGAAAUUGAACACGAUGAAAAGUCGGUCAAGGGCGAGGCCGUUGUUUCUGGCGAUUACUCCGGCGCCCAUGAGAAGACUGAUCCGGCUGAAAUCGCCCUCGUCCGUAAGCUAGAUCGCAGGAUCAUGCCGAUUCUUUGGGCAAUGUAUUUCAUGAAUUACCUCGAUCGUAACGCUCUCCCUCAAGCUCGACUGAACACGCUGGAGGAAGACUUGGGACUGAAAGGGGUCGAAUACAACACUGCCAUCUCUAUUCUUUUCGUUGGGUACCUUCUGAUGCAGGUGCCCUCAAAUAUGUUCCUCACACGCACGAGCCCAUCAAUCUAUAUGUCAACUUGUAUGAUUGGCUGGGCUGCCAUCUCUGCUGCCACAGCGGGAGUCAAAAACUACAGUGGAUUGGUGGCAUGCCGGUUCUUCCUUGGAUUUGUGGAAGCAGUGAGUCGCACAAAGCAAGUGAAAGGUGGAGCGCAGGCUAACCUGGGUUCGCCUUUCCAGCCCUUCUAUCCAGGUGCCCUGUAUCUGCUAUCGAUCUUCUACACCAGGAAAGAGCUCGCAACGAGAAUAUCCAUCCUCUAUACUGGUCAAGUAGUCAGUACUGGCUGCUCAGGUCUGAUUGCUGCUGCGACUUUUACAACCCUAGAUCAGGUCAAGGGAAUUGCAGGCUGGAAAUGGCUCUUUAUCAUUGAAGGCUCGGUCACCGCAUUGAUUGCCGUCUUCGGGUUCUUCCUUCUUCCUGACGAUCCCUCUGUUACCCGAUGGCUUACCGAGGAUGAGAGACAACUUGCUGUUGAACGCAUUCGUCGGGAUACAGUCGGCAGACAAGAGCGUGGCUCUACCAUGGAUGGUCUCAAGCAGGCUCUGAAAGACCCCAAAACCUGGUUGUUCUGCGCCUGCCAGAACUUCCAUAUUUCUGCGGUCAGCUUCAACGCAUACUUUCCAACCCUUGUUCGUACCAUGGGCUUCAAGUCGACUACGGCUCUUCUCCUAACCGCUCCCCCCUACUUUGUUUCUGGCUUUCUUGGCAUCCCAUUUGCCUGGUCAAGCGGGCGAUUCAACGAAAGAACCUGGCACAUCACAGCUGGACUAUCUCUUGCUGUGGUCGGAUUCGCCAUGACGAUUGGGACCACCAAUAAUGCUGUCAGAUAUGCAGCAACUUUCUUGUAUGCAACUGGUGCUUACUCCGUAGGAUCUCCUAUCUUGGGAUGGGUAAGCGAUACCUUGUCACAGACGCCAGAGAAGAAAGCCGUCGCAUACUCCUUGGUCAACGUCACGGCCAACUUGGCUUAUAUCUACUGUGCCUACCUUUGGCCCACCUCUGAUGGACCCAGGUACAUGAUCGGCUUCUCAUGCAUGAUUGGUUUUGCCGUUGCAAGCAUCAUAUGUGCGUGGGCGAUGAGGUUCUGGUUGAUGAGUAUCAACAAGAAGCUCAGGGAGAGUGAGGAUGAGAAUGUGAAGCUCUAUGCUUACUAA